AGCAAGCUAGACUUUUCUUUUUAUAUGAGAUGACUCUGAAAGCGUUGAUCGCAAGGCGGUUUAGAUAAUACCAUUGUGAAGAGAUCUAGAAUUUCGGCCCUUCAUGAUAAAAGGGCUGCAGAUAAGGGAUUGUUAUAAGAAUUGUCGAGUCUGAGGGAAGAAUUGAGCUGGGAUUAUUAGUUUUUGAAAGGUUUGAGUAAGAUUUUUUCAGGCUUGAUGGCAACUCCGCAAAUUGUGCCUAAAAUAGGGGAGGAGAUUCAGCAUGUCAGUCAUCCACAACAUCCUUUAAAUCUCACGUUUGAGCAAUUACUCUACGCCUGCGGUGCGUGCAAGGAAUAUGGAGCUGGAGUCAGAUACAGGUGCGAUCAGUGCAACUUCAGUAUGCACGAAUUCUGCGCCAAGGCACCACAAACAUCCUCCCACCCAUACCACAGUAACCACCAGGUCCUUUUCCAGAACAAACCAGGCGGCCUGAAAAACUCGAAAUGCGAGAUAUGUGGAAAGGCCACCAAGGGCUUCGCCUUUCGGUGCCCCACCUGCUCUUUCAACAUUCACCCUUGCUGUUCGCAGCUCCCUCCAGACCUCAUCAUCAAAGAGCAUCCUCAGCAUUCCCUCAAGCUCUUAGCCGGGUCCCCUAUUGCUGGAAGCUCUCCUUACACCUGCAAUGUCUGCAACAAAAAGGGCACCACAUGGGUAUAUUACUGCGCUCCCUGUGACUUCUAUCUCCAUGCUCUCUGUGCAAAAGGAGUGAUAAAUGGGCUCGAGCAGCAGGGAUUCACUGUGCCGCCCAAGCUGAGCAAGGUUGGUAGGGCUGCUCGUUAUGCUUCUCAGGUUGUUCAGAUCUUUGUGGAUGGUCUUGUCGAAGGACUGGGCGAAGGUGUUGCGGAUGCCAUUGUGGAUACUAUUAGCCGUGAGGUGGUUCUUCCCAUCACAGAUGAUGGUGCUAAACAUGGGGCACAUUAGUUUCUUUCGUUUGCUUUGCUUAAUGUUGUUUGAGAAUUGUGUCACGAGUAUAUAUAUUUGUAUCUCUGUAAAACCAGCGACCAGAUAAAAAUAGAAACCUAGGAUAUUCUAGUGCUAAUGUCUUCAACUGCUGUAAUCAACGCUUCGGAACAGAACAAAAAUCUGCCUAGAAAGCUUACAGUGAGGUCUUCAUAGCCAGAUCAUCGUUAUAUAUUCCAACAUCUGAGAGCUGUGUCUUAAAUAUUUGUAUACUGUUUGUUGUUGGUGUUUCUGAUCAGUAAUCAUUGGCUUGGUUAUUCAAAUUUAGAUGAUUUCUGAAGAUAGCUAAGGUAGCUUAUCUUGUUGGAAUAUCAUCACGCGUGUAUUGCCAUGUUAAUGGCAAAUAUUUAUUUUUCUAGAAUAAAAUUUUAUUUUUCAAAGUAUUUCUGGAUCA